CCCCUUUUCCUAACAGUAUAUUCUUUGGUUUUGGAAGUUCGAACAUUUUAUCCGUUAUAAUUCAAAAUUACAAAAUAAAACUAUUACAUGCCUCUUGAUUAGUAGCUAAUCUCGUAGUGAAUUGAACUAUUUUUAAGUGUCAUCCAAAUUAAUACCGAUAUGAGCGUCUCAAAUUCCAACAAAUCUAUUAAAAUAGACCUAAACAUAGGUGACCAAUUAACUUCUAUUUCUUGUGGGCAUAUUGUUGUUGAAUUAAUUAAAUUUAUUGCAUAUCAAAGACUCCAAAUACCUUAUACAUAUCAGUGGUUAAAACAAGUUAUUAACAAGAGAAAGGCUUGUGAAGAUUUAAGGGAAGGAUACCAAUCUGAGAGACACUUUUUUGUAGCAUCUACAGCAUUAAGUAAUCUGGACUUUAUAAUAAAGAGCUUACUGAAAGAGAUUGAUAGCCACUCAAUACCAGAAGAGAUUUGCAUAAUUUUGGGUGCAUCUCCAUUCACUUGUAAAGAAGUAUAUAGGCUGAUAUUGCCUAGAGCAUGCCACAAGCAACAGUGCCAUAGUUCUCACAUUGCAUCUGAUCAGAAAAUACAAAUGAAUGUAUUUAAAACAUUGGUGACAUCCGAGAAGCUAAGCCAGAUUUUCUUUAGUACUUUACUCCCCACUAACAUGUUCAUUUUCAUUAAAAAGAAUAUUUUGAACAAUCAAGACGUAGUCUGCUUAGAUACCUUUGUAUCAGUUGAUGGAUGGAAAAUACCACGAAGCUGUAAGGUCGUUAGUCUAGAUUUUAGAACUGAAAAUGUUCAAAAUAUCUCCUGUUGUAAUGAGUUCCAGAUUUUUGGAGAUGCGAUCAGUAAAAAAGUUGACCGCCUAAAUAUCGAGGAAGAGGAACCUGAUUUUAAUGAAAUUGAGUCAACAGAUGAAGCAAGAUGGUUUCAAUCAAGUUACAUUAUGAAAGGGUUUAAAGACUGUGUAGUAGACGGAAGUUCUGUUACAAAUACUUGGCUAAAGUCUUGAUACAUAUUAAUAUAAAAAAAAUAGCAAAUUGUUAGUAAUUAGAACAGAUGCAUUUUUGUGUUCUUUUAUUAGUUGAAUGUGACAUGACUGACAUAUUGAUAUUUAUCAUUAUAUAAAUCUUUAUUGUUUUAUUAUGGUUGAAUUUGUUAAUACAGCAAUCAUUUUACA